AUGACCGCGACGGUCUUGGUGAAGAAAGACCUCAAGAAUGCUAUCACCUUGUCAACUAAGGCUGCUGUUAAGCUCAAUGCCAAUCAGUAUGGUGCCCUUGUCUCGUGGGCAGACAAUGUCGGACCUGACCCCAUGAAGUCCUCCACCGUAAUCAAACGACUCAACAAGGGUGAAAACCCAAACGUAGCAAUUGCUCAAGAGUUCCCAAAGUGGAGAAAGGUUGUUGGUAGAAUAUUGGUGGGCCUGUUCGCAGACGCAAGGCGGAGGUUAAACUGGCCAAAACUGCCACCACGACGAAGGCACUCCCGGCUAAAUGUUGAGCGUGGAAGAAGCGAAUAUGGAGGGCGCAGCUUUUAUUGGAGACAAGGGUUUAUGUCUCCUACUCUCAGCAUCAAAAGCAGGAUUAUGUAG